AUGAAAUUUAUAACACUGAUAACACUAGACAAUGAAGAAAUUGAAGUUUCAUCAACAACAAAACAAUUAAUAACUUCAAUUAAUAUUCAAAAUAAUAAUGAUAAUGAUAAAUUUAAUAUAAAUAUAGACUCACAAUAUAUUGAUUUUUUAUUGGAUUAUGUUGAAUGGGUUGAAGAGCAUUUAGAAGAUUAUGAAAAAAUUCAAUAUACAUUUAAAGAAAAAGUAGAAGAAGAUUAUUUAAAUGAAAUGUUAGAAAUUACAAAAGAUUUAGGUGUAUUGGGUUUAAAUGAUCAAUUAAUUAAAUAUUUAAAUUUAUUAUCACUUAGAAAAAAUAAUUAUUACUCAUUAGAACAAGUUUUACAACAUCAAAAAAGUGAUGAUUUUUGGAUGAUACUUGAUAAUUGUAUUUAUGAUGUUACAAAAUGGAUUGAUAAACAUCCAGGUGGUGAUACAAUUCUAAGUGGUUUAGAUAGAGAUUGUGCAUUUUAUUUCGAAAUUUAUCAUAGAACAGAUGAAUCUUUUAAAAAAUUAAAUAAAUUUUUUAUUGGUUAUUUAAAUGAAGAGGAUUUAAAAAAUGUACCAAAGAGAUAUUAUGAUAAAAAUUGUACUGAAAAAAUGAUAAUGAAAUACCAUCAAAUGAAUUUUGGAAUAGAUUAA